GAGAGAGAGAGGUAUAGUAUAGGGGUGCGUGUUUUGUUGUGUUUAUUUGAAGCAUUUUGCCAAUUAUACAGAAAAGAAAGAAAAGAAAGAGAAAAGGAGAGUUAAAAAGAAGUGAAAGAAGAAGAAAAAAGAAGAGCAAAAAAAUACACACAAUGUUUGAAGGAGGAUCAGUAUCUGAGCAACUUCAUCAAUUCUUAACUCCAAGAACAACUCCACCACCACCAAAUUCUAAUUCUCUUCCUUUAAUUCCUCUUAAUUUUGCUCUUCAUUCUCCUAAUUUCAAUUUCCACCCUUUUGAUUCUUAUAAUGCUACUUCUACUGCUCACCAUCAUCAUCAAAUUCAUCUUCCUCAUCAUCUUUUGCACCAUCAAUCUCCGAAUCCUCAUGGCGACGACAAAAACGACGUCAAGACAACCACUACGGCAGCUGGGAGUAGUUUGCAGGUGGGCGUAGAUUUGGAGGUCGGUAGAGAGAACAGCAGAUCCAUUUUGAUGGAGGAUCAUCAUAUUAUUCAUCAUGAUCAAUGGAGCAAUGAUGAGCUUCUUGCCCUCCUUAGAAUCAGAUCUAACAUUGAAAAUUGCUUCCCGAAUCCACUUGGGAACAUGUUUCAAGGAAGUUGGGAGAGGUGGGUUUUAGAAGGACUGCAGACAAGUGUAAAGAGAAAUUUGAAGAAGAGAGUAGAUAUUUCAACCACAUUAACUACAAUAAAAAUUGUAGGUUCCUCACUCACGAGCUGAAUUAUAAUCAUCAUCCAAAUCAAGAUCAAGAUCAAGAUCACCUUCUCCUGAUUCAUGAAGGGAAUGGGAAACCAGACGACGGUGGCCCCACCCUCGUUGUGGUACCAGAAGAAGGUGAAGAAGAAAACCAAGAUAAAGAUGGAGAACUUCAUGAUGAUGACGAAGAAGAAGAUUUGAGAAAUGACGAAAUGAGACCGGGGAGGAAUGAGGAAGAACGGAACGAAAGUAGUAGAUCAAGUAGUUGCCAGAAGAGUAAGAAGAAGAGGAAAAUGAUGAGGCAAAAGGAAUUUGAAUUGUUGAAGGGUUAUUGUGAGGAAAUAGUGAAGAAAAUGAUGAUACAACAAGAGGAAAUUCACUCAACAGCUUUUUACAAGACAUGUUGAAGAAGGAAGGAAGAGAAGGUUGCUAAAGAGGAAUAUUGGAAGAAGGAACAAAUGGAAAGACUUCACAAAGAGCUUGAAGUGAUGGCCCAUGAACAAGCCAUUGCAGGUGAUAGACAAGCCACAAUCAUUGAAAUUUUGAACCAAAUCACCAAUUCAACCACUUUAAUUUCUUCAUCUCAUGAAUCGCAAAAAAGACUUACAAAAUUUACUCCAAAGUUUGAAUAAUUACAACAACAAUAACAAUAUCCCUAAUUCUACUCCUUCUUCCUCAUCCUUAAUCCAAUGCCAAACGUCGUCAAGCCCCAACAAAAAACCACCUCAUGAAAAUUCAAACUCUUUCACUAGCCAAAA